AUGGGCGAUCCACUUUCCACGGCAGCUAGCAUCGCUGGUCUCAUGAGCCUUGCCGACACGGUAUUCCGAUAUGUCUUCAAAUACGCCCGCGGGGCAGUGAACGCCAAAAAGGAAGUCGAAGCCCUUUCUACCGAAAUCAAUGGGCUCUCCGCAGUUCUUCGGGGUCUUCACGCCCUUGCGAGCGAGUUGGAGGCUGAGGCUUCCUUUGAGCCGACUCUGAGGAUGCAGCAUCUCACCCACUGCAAACAGACUCUCGAAACAUUACGCAACAGGGUCAAGAAAGCUGCAGAUGACUUUGAUAACAAGACCAAGUGGGAAGGAAUAACUCGAAGACUGAAGUGGCCCUUUUCAGCUUCCGAGACCAAGGACUUGUUGUCCGACAUCUCUCGCUGCAAAGAGACGUUGACUCUGGCCACCACGGCCGACACGAUGCGUAAACUACAGAUCUUCCUCACGAACCAAGCGGAUCUUGACCUAAAGCUCGACAAAAAGUUAGACGAUGUUAUUCACAUUCUUCAGAGAGACGAGGUGGAUGUCAGGAAGAGGCUCAUCCUUGACUUCUUUAUGAAACCAGACGCCAACCCAAAGUCCAACCUGUCCCAAAGCAUCAAACUACGACAUCCCACCACAGGCAGUUGGUUGACCACAUCACAUGCCUUCAGGGCGUGGCUGGAUACACCUGGCUCAAGACUGUGGCUGAAUGGCAUCCCAGGGGGCGGUAAGACCGUUCUUGCUGGUGCCGUUGUCCAAGAAGCUCUUUCCAUCGGGUCACCUGACACUGCCGUUGCCUUCUUUUUCUGCGACUACAAGAACCCAGCUACUCUUUUGCCUUUGAACAUCAUCGGUGCCCUUGCAUCGCAGAUCGCCCGGCAAAAUGAUGACGCCUUCGACCUGCUUCAGGAUUACUACCAAGAACUCCAUCCAGCCCGAGCGCUGGACAGGGUGGCAGAUGUGGAUGAACUCAGAGCAAUCAUCGCAAAGAUGUCUCAACUGUUCAAGCAGGUCACUGUGAUAAUUGAUGGACUCGACGAGUGCGGCGAAAACACCGACUCUGUGCUCGAGAGCAUUUCAGAGUUGGCCGUGAGCACCACCAGCACCAGUCUCGCCUUGUUUAGUCGUGACGAACUCAACAUCCGCACGUGGCUUCACGAAGACUUUGAAGAGAUUUCCAUUGAAGCUCACACAGAAGAUAUUGAGCUAUUCGUUCGAGCCGAGAUGGAGCAUAGGAUCCAGAAUAGCCGGCUCAAGGUCAACAACUUGAAGAUCAAGGACGAUAUUGCUGAGGAACUUAUCACGCGAGCCAACGGAAUGUUCCGAUGGGUUGUUUGCCAACUCGACUACCUCUGCGAGUUUGCCACGGAUGCUGAUCGCCUCAACGCACUCAAGGAACUGCCACCGACAUUGCCUGAUAGCUACCGCCGCCUUCUCGAGCGGCUGAACAGGCGGCCACCUCGUGUUCAACGAAUGGUGCAGAUGUCUCUUCAGUUCAUUGCCUUCUUCCCGGUAACGUUAUCCAUCAAAGAACUGUGCCAGGCAGUCUCAACCCCACAGGCGCGCGUCGACGAAACCAACACCGUAUCGGAGAGAGAUAUCGUCCUAGGCUGUAGCAGCUUGAUACGAAAGUCUCCUGACGGAGAAUCCUUAGAGUUUGCACACUUUUCAGUGCUAGAAUUCCUCCAAGAUGAUCUCCUGUCGAAAACCCCUGGUUUGGAGGCAUACAGACUAACCAGACGGGAGGACAGCCAAGUGCUGGCCACACAAUGUCUCAAAUUUCUACAGUUGGAUAAUUUCAACUACAUCCCCCCAUGUUCUAUUGAAUGGGAGCAGUUCAGAGACGAGCAGUUCCAAUCCUACCCGUUCUACGAAUCCGCAGCAAUCUACUGGCCAGAUCUUGCAAGAGAGGGACUCGGUGAUUCCUCACUGUUAAGUGCGGCAAAAUCUCUGUUCCAUCCCUCAGUUGCCCAGAACUUUCGUGGCUGGGUUGACUUAUUUCUAAGAGGAACUUUCAAUUUCCUCUACUACAGUGAUGCGAAUUACCAACAAAAUCCGUCGAAAUACUCGCUUCGCGUUCGAAACGUCUCCACUGAUCAGAAGCUGCGGCCCUUGCACGUUGCAGCUGCUUUGAAUCUGCCAGAGAUCUGCUCAUUCCUUAUUGGAGAGGGCGCCAAUGUCAAUGAAGUGUGCGAUAUGGGCACGCCACUUCUCCUUGCCGAGUUUUCAUUGUUCGCCUUGAAGGAUGAGACAAUUGAUUUCCCCGACUGCCAAUGGCCUUUUCUCAGGUACUUUUUGCCUUGCUCCUCUCGUCGAAACCGCACAAUCAGCUGCCUCAUUGAAGCCGGAGCAUCCUUUGUGAAGCUUUCCGAGCUUUACAUGAGCCGGCCACUAUUUCUCACCACGUCAAUCAUUGGCAGUCUCGUUAAGGAUUUUGGUCCAACCAUCCAGCUGCUAGACCAAUGCAUCAACCCGACAUACUCCGAGAUAGAUGACUUCGAGGCUUAUUUGAAGGCGUGGGCUCGGACUAGUCACCCUCGUGAGCUGGAAGCUCCUCUCUUGAACCUGAUCCGAUAUCUCAAAGAGUCUCCUGCGUACAGCACUGAUUGGGGUUUUCGGCUCGGGAGGGCCUUGUGGUCUACCUGUUCCAAGUUGGAUUUAGCUUUUACGAGCGACCCAACUCUUACAGACAGCCGCAUCUCUCUCUCGUAUGAGGCCUUAGUCGAAAAAACCAUGGUUGCCAUUCGAAAGGAUGAUUUCAAUGCCCUGCGGUCGUACCUGGACGAUGGACGUGUUGAUGUCCACAAUUCUUACUCCUACGGCAACUUCCACGGAACCCUCCUAUACUUUGCUGUUAGGGAGAAUUCCCCAGCCUGUGCCGAUCAACUCCUGGCAUUGGGGGGUGACCCAUGCAGCAAAGAUGACCAUGGGCGGGUCGCGGUCCAUCACUGUUGUCGUCAUGGAGAUGGGAGAACUCUCAGACUUCUUGCCAAGUUCAAUGUUUCUCUUCUCGCCGAGGAUGGAGAUGGAAACAACCUCUGGCACUACAGCGCCCAAAAGAUGUGGACAGCAUCGUUCCUGGACGUGCUUUUCAACUUGAGCAAAGAUGACACUUGGAAGGCAUUGUUGACGCGCAACAAAGCUGGGCAAACACCUUUGAUGAUAGCCCUAUCGCGCCAGAAGCGUGCCACCAACGAAGACCGCGAGAAUUGCGAGUGGAGGGCCCUCAUGUUCAUUGAUUACUGUAACCAAGUACCAGACUUUUGGCUUCAGCACAAUCCUCUAUUCCCAACGGUGUUCAAAUUUGCUUCAAGUAAAGUGUUCGAAAAGCUGAAAGAAUUGGGGCUUGAGCUGGAUGCUUUGAUACCCGGGCAAGCAACACCAUUGCAUGAGCUUGGGCCAGAGACUUCCAUUGAGUGGGCAGAGACGUUGAAGAAAAGCUAUCCAAGCGCAUGCGCCGCCAGAUUUGAAGGCAAAUUACCUAUUGAGACAUAUUUUGAGGCAAUCCUCCGGGCCGGGAAAUGCCCAGAAAACUUGAAGGACAUCAUCCAAGUCCUCGCCUCCUCCGACACUUUCAAAUCGAGCCACCAAGGGACCACACCGUGGGAGUUCGCAUGUAGACUUCAACUGCAAGUUGGGGAUUGGGGCGAAAAAAAGGACAUGUUUUGUAAGGGAGGUUGGCGAGUGUUGGAUAGAAUAUGGGCAGACCUCUUGUCCUGUGGAGCCAUGGAGGCAUUCGAGGAUGCACAUGCAUGUACACCGCCGUUGGUUGUGGGGUUGUGCAAAACAGGCAGCGGCAAGGCUUUCCUUCAGUCUCUUUUAAAUCAUUCUAACUCAGAGAGAUUGAGGGAGUUUCCCCCUGGUCCACAAAUGUUGAGUUUGCUGCAUCGAGUCGCCUCCUCAUCGGACGAGCCAGGCCUUGGCUGGCUAAUCAGGGAACUUGUCGCAAAGGGGGCAGACAUCAAUGCGAUGAACCCAUCGUUGGACCCCGGGUUACGAGUGCCGCCGAUUGCAUAUCAUGUGUGGGCCGAUUCGUCUUACUGUGCAACCUCUCUGCUUCAGAUGGGUGCUGACCCUUCGCUCGGCAGCGUCUAUGAUGCAAUUUACUUUGCGACGAUGCGAGUUAAUAUGGCACUUCUUGAAGCCAUACUCGACUAUUCACGGGCAGGUAAUGGCAAGAUCGAUUGGACGAAGUCGUAUCACUGGAAAGUGAAUGGAGUUUACUGGGAAGGAACCAAUCUCCAUUAUGCUUGCUAUCUUGGCCACCUGGAAUGCACCAAGUUCUUCAUCGAAGAAGGGCUUAUCGGGCUUGAAACAGUCGAGUCUACUGGCCAUACCCCUUUGCACUUUGCUGCAAUAAGUGGCAGUGCGGACAUCAUCGACUAUCUCGUAUUGAAGGGCUCAGGGGUCAACGUCAUGGCCAGCACCGCCAACUACACUCCGCUUCACUUCGCGGCCCAUGCAGGUCAUCUUGAGGCCACAAAAGCCUUGGUAAGGCUUGAUGCUUCAAACUCAAUUAAUGUCAACGGGUUGAGCCCCAGAAUGUGCGCCGAAUUUCAAGGCCACCACAAAAUCGUCCAAUUCCUUGAUGGAGCAUUCCAGGAUCUCAACCACUCAGAACAACAGGCCAAGAUAAUCCGUGCAAGGACUCGGCGCAAGAGAAUGAAGGAAGCUAUUGAAGCCGGCGAUCUCGCCGCAUGCAGGACCUGUCUGGACGAUGGCUGCCCGCUCGACGAGGGCAUCCUUGGCACUGGUUUUUGCUCUCCCUUGUCGUAUGCCUUGAUCAAAGGUCAAGAAGGUAUAGCCCAACUUUUCAUCGAGCGCAAUGCGAGCACACUGGUCCCCUUUAUCCAAGAGAACCACUUCUAUAGUGGCGCGUUGAACUACGCCUCGAGUAGACGUGAGCUUGUUUUAAUCCUCCCAUCGCUCCUCUCUCGCCACCUUGAAGAAGGGGAUAGCAUGCAUGGAUUCGCCUGUCCACUUUGGCAUGCCGUGGGUGCAAGAAACGAGGAGGGCGUACGGCUUAUACUGGAGCAUCUGUUGGAAAAUUCAGGCAGGAUUGGCCAUAUGAACCAAGUUCCGUCUGAAAAGGUCGUCGUCCAGAUAGUAAAUCUUCUCUAUUCAUUUUUUAUGCGGAACAAACCAACGAUGAUGACGGCGUUGCACUGCGCGGUAAGAAAUGAAAGUACAACAAUCGCCAAACUUCUGGUCCAGUAUGGGGCAAACGUCGAUUCCAUUGAUGAAGAUGGGGCAAGUCCAUUGGAUGGAGCUCUCGACAGAGAAACGGCGGCACUUCAAGCCUCAGAUAUUCUAGAGCGCCCCUCAGAUCUUUCUCCAAGAGACAUGCCUCGGGAGUACUUAAUGUCAGUCUUGGCCCUGGAAGCUAAUGGCCUUGCCUCUUUCGUGCACCGGCGCGAGGAUGGCGCCCUCAUGGAUCUGUUUCAAAGAACAAGCGUUGGCCAGAGCUUCAUUCUCAACUCGGAAUUCUCACUUGAAGAUAUGGGCCCUUUUGCAUGGUACGCGGAAACCCGCCAGAGUUUCGGAAGGCUGCCCUUCCUCAACAAGACUUUUCACCAACUGCAGCGUCGGUUUCCUCGCGAAUCACUAAAAAGAUGGCUCAAUCUCGAGCCGGAUCGUGGAUGGAGCCCUCUCUGCAGAGCAGCCUCGCAGGACCUAAUCACCAUAAUGGAAAAUUGUUUGUCUUUGGAUGCAGAAAUCAACUUUGAGGGAUGUCCUCUCGGCUCUGCUCUCAUGAUAGCCAGUGCCUGUGGUAGGCUUGAGGCCGUCAAGUUUUUGGUUCGGCGAGGAGCAACAUCGAGCUACAUCGGCCGCCGGGGAUCCAUCGAUGUCCUAUCUGUGGCCCGCUCUGCCUCUGUGAGAUCAUGGUUGAUGGUUGGGCGCUUCAACGAACAACUAAGGAUCUCGAUGGGCGAAGUGACCAACUCCUCUUCUACAGCUCAGACAUUCCCCUGGAGCGGAAUCGCCCAAGCAAAAUUUAGACACGUGGGUGUUGACAAGAGAGUGCUGGGCCAAUCGACUCUUGACUAUGCCAGAGCAUUGGCAGCUCUCAAAAGGAGGAUGCGAGGUCAGAUCGCUGUCAGAAUAGACGGGUUGGUGUAUCCACAUCAAGGGAGCACAUCCAACACCAGAGCGCUGGUUUCGAUGCUCGAGGGGAACAUUGAAGAGUAG